GAGCGUGAAAUGAAAAAGAACACCCUGGGCUCCGUCUAAGGUGAGUCUGUGUGGAAGGCUGGGCCCUGCGAACACGCACCGCUUCAUGCACUGCUAAGUACCCAAGAACUGACCACAGCUGAGCCUUGGGGACUGGGUAUGCACGUAGGUCACAGCCAACAGAGCAGACCUGAUCCUGCCUGCCAUUAUGUGUGAUCUCCUGUCCUCCGAAAGGAGGGAAGAGACAGGAAAUGAGCCCUGGCCUCACAGCCAGCCACGGGGUGGGAUCCCCACCAGAAGACCCUCCCAGACCCACUCGGGCUGACCACAGGACCACCGCCGGGCCCAUCGGGUGGAGGCUGUGGCUCUGCCGCUGUCCAUGUCCUCUCCCUCCACCCUGGGGCGCUCUCCAUCCCCGCCUCUGGGGCCUCCCUGCCAUGUCCCUGGCCAGCGGCCGCCUCCCCAGCAACAGGACUGAGGAACUGAUGCUGGCGGCCGCAGCUCCGCCCUCCCACCCCAGGGACUGCGCCACCGCUGCCCUCCUGCACCAUACCCCUUCCAUCGCGGCUCUCGUCCACACCCACCGCGCCUCAGAGGUCCCGGCCUGGCCUGGCCUUGCCUCGCCCACCUGCCCCAGGCCACUGUCGCUGACCUCCUUGUCACAGAGUCUUCCAGCUUUUCCAGCUCCUUCCUCGCUGGCACAGGAACCCAGACGACACCCGAGGUCGCCAUCCUCACCUGUCACCUCCUGGGGCACCCGUUUCCCUCUCCCUCCACUGUGUCCCAGGUCACCCUGUCCCUCAGGCCCACUGUGGCCCUCCCUCAGCUGGAGGGACACAGCCAACCCCACAGCCCUCUGUGCUCCUGCUGCCCCUCCCCUCCUCCUGCCCAGACACCAGGGCCCAGGGCACUGGACCCCACCUGCCUCCCGUGUGCCCAGUGCAGAGCCGCCCAGCCCCACUCCUGGAUCACAGCCUCGGGCUCUGCUAAAGGGCAGGAGUCACCGAGGCUGCUGUCCUUGUCCUCGGGGCCAAGUCCACACUCUGGCUGCAGGCCCUGGAGAUGCAGCUACCGCCCAGUCUGGCCUCUGCCCGCCAGCGGCUCCCUGCUGGCCUCCCUCGCCUGCUCAUCCCGGCUUCUACCCUCCAUCCACUCUGUUAGACAAUGCACCUGGCCUGUGGCCGCUGGACCAGUCACCACCGCCGGCUGUGGCUUCGCCCAACACAAAUUCCUGUCGUGACGUUCUGAGGGGAAAACUGAGGCUGGAGAGGUCGCAUAACUCACUCAGGGACAGCAGAAUCUAAGGGGCAGAGCUGAGAUUUGAACUCGUGCACAGCAAGCCGGAGCGGACAGCCCUGGCACAAUGCUGCCCGCCGGCCCACCCGCCCGCCACCCUGUGUGUGACAACAUGGAGAGAAGCAGGCAGAAAGGGGGAGCCCCUCUGCCCCCAUGCCAAGUCCCUCGGAGGGAUGCACACUGCACUUCCGAGCUCUGAGGAGUGGGGCCGGCAGCCCAGAGCAGUGUGCAGACAAGACCAGGGAUUAAGCCCAGGGCCUUUACUCCGAGCAACACACACCCUUGGUUCUUUUUAUUUUUGAGAGAGGGUCCCACUAAGCCCUGAAGUUACCCGGCCUAGGCUUGAAUUUGCAAUCCUCCCGCCUCAGCCUCCCAGGCUUUCAGAGAGGAGGCUGAGCACUGAAUCUUGCUGUGGAAGCGCUGGAAAUUUUCCAGAACUGACAGGUGCUGUGGAAACGCCCAGCCUCUGACUGCCGCGGUCACGGCCCCAUCACCCCAGCGCUGCCCCUGGACCCGGCCCUUGCAGAAGGGACAUCGCCACCAGGAACAGGAGGCCUGCGGAAGGGCACUGGGCUGUCACCGGGGGGGGGGGCCUCUGACAGCCCCUGGGCGGGUGGCAGGGGUGGUUCCCGGGCAAGAGCCAAAGUCUAGGUGUAAAGAUGGCCUGAUUGCCUGGCGCCGUCGCCCAGGUAGGGCGAAGCCACAGCUCGGCAAGGUGGAAGUCCCCAGGCUGGUGAGUGGUCCCCAAGACUCCAGAUCCCCAUGGGCUGGGCAGCCCUGGAGCUCAGUCCCACCGGGACCCAGGGGCCCAGGCUUGUGCCCCAGCUCAGUGCUGGCCUCGAGGUGGGGACCAGCAGCGUAAGUGCAGCUCCCUGCCUGCUUGGAGGCUGUGGAACAGGGGACGGGCGGUGGCAAGGAUGUGGGGGGCCGGGGUCCCCACCUGGGCCCCUCUGCAGCAGGCGCUGCCCGGGGGCUGGCAGAGCGUGGACCAGCCUCCCCCUCUGGCCCUGCAGACCCCAGGCACAGGGGCCAACUGGAGAGCACAAGGCAGCUGAGCACCUUGUGCUCCUGAAGGCAUGGGGGCAUGGCUGCUCCCAAGCCUGCGCUGCACCCCGAUCCUCACCAGUGGCUCCUGUCACAGGGUGCCGCUCAGGGCCACCCACCCCUCCAUUCCCUGCUUGUCAUGCACUCACAUGCGCACACGCACACACCCUCCAAGGCUCUCCUGCGUCCUGGCCUCCACAGCUGCCAUGCCGACCAGCCCUGCCGCUUGGCUGGGACCUCCCUGGAGAGCUACCCAGGCCCAGGCAGCCCCUGCCCCGCGUGCAGGGAAGGAGAGAUGGCCACCGAUGCAAACAACCUGUCCGAGGCCAGCUAGGGGCAGAGCCGGGGCCUCCACACUUGCCUGCCCCGCCCUCCCAGAGCAGAAGACCUGGGUGAAGAGGAGCAGGACCGAGCCCUGCCCAGCUCCCAGGGCUGGGGGAGAACUUGAGGCACAGCACCUCCCCCUCCUGUCAUGGGGGCUCCUGGCUGCCCCCCACCACCCCCGAUAGCAGAAAGUGGCCCUGGGGUCACACCUGCCAAGCAAUACCACAAGGAAACCAAGGGACGGCAGAGGACAAAACCCCAAAGUUUACCGUCAAAAGCAGAAACAAUGACACAGAAUUGCUGGGCUGUGUCCACUGAAGUUGGGGGAUGCACUUAAGGUAAAACCAGGGGGCUCCACCAACAGAGUUCUCAGCCCUUUAAUAGGGGAAGCGCGAGAAGGUGGAGUCCAGGGCUUCCCAAACUCAUUAGACCACGGAACCCUUUUCCUGAAGCUCCAUUACAGCCAGGGUUCCAUGGAACCCAAUGUGAGAGAGGCUGUUCUGUCUCCUUGCCUCACCAACUGUAUUUGAACCACGCCCCUGCCACAGCUCCCAAGAUGCCUGGGAGGGUGCUCUCCGCCAGCGCGCAGAGACUCAUGCCCCUGUGGACCCCACGCCAAAGCCUCAGGCGCACCUGAGAGCCUUUCCCUCUGCCCACAGCCGGGCCCAGUGGAGCCGAUGGCGACAGAUGCCUGCGGAGCCGCCCUGGAGAUUUCGGUCCCCAGCUCCACGGCUGGGGGGCUCCCACCUUACCAGGCCCUCGGCCCGGCCCAGCCAGGACGGGCAGGUCCACCCCAGGGCACCCUGCCAGCUGCAAGCCCACACUUCAGGAGGAGCAGGGAGAGCCUGCUGCUGGGGCUGGGCGUGAGUGUCCGGGCCGGGGAACAGCAGGGGCUGCACCAGAAAGCCUCUGCACACAUCCGCCUGCUGCCUGUCCUUGCCGCGGUGCUGGAGAGGGUCCUGCAGGGAGCCCCUCAGGCCACCCGUGUCCCCCAGGUCCUCCACCUCUUCCUCGGCAUUCUGACCCUGACCUUCGGGAGCUUCCUGGCCACCACCGUUGGGGAGGCUCACCUGGUGGUGCUGAAGUGCUGGUACCCGUUCUGGGGCGCCGCCUCCGUGAGUGGGGCCCAGGGAGCAGGGAAGAGCACAGCUCAGGCGGGCACAGCUCCCGGGCUCCUGGACCUCAUGCUGACCAUGGGGAAGCUGCUCAAGUCCUCUCUGAUGGCGUUGUGCCUGGCCACGAGCCUGGUCAGCUUCCUCUGUACCCUGGCUGGCCUCUUCGUCCUCUGCAAGGACCUCUUCCUGGAGACCCCGUUUCCCAGGCCAGACCGGACACCGUACCCUAAUCCCAAGCAGGCCCACGUCCAGCAGUUGGAGCUGGCACUGCUGUGCUGCACCACCCUGGAGUUGCUGCUGACGGUGCUGACAGCCAUCGCCGCCCACAGACGGGCCCGGCAGUGGGCACAGGACACAGGCAGCUCCCCUCCGGCACCCCCCGCAGACCUGGAACUGUGGCAUCCGCACCCGUCGCCCAGGCCUCCACCAUCCUACGAGGAGGUGACCCGAGGUGAAGCCUAGGCAAGCAGAGGUGAAGAGGCCCCAGCCACCAGGCCUCCGAGACGCACGUGGCCACCCCCCGCCCUUCCCCUCCAAGGCCUCCCCGCCCUUGGCCUCCAUCCACACAACACCCACCUGACAGCACCCACACGACACCAUCCACACGGAUCUGAGGCUGUCUGGAUUCUCCUGUCUACACCGCCUCCUCCUCUCUGCCACCUCUGCUGUCCCCUGGGCCCCGGCCACUGGUUGGUCUCUGCACCUGAUCUGCCACUGCACCUCUGUGGCUGUGGUGUGGAACACAAGCAGAACUUGCCAGGCCUGAUGGGAAAGCACCCUUUCACCAGAAGGGAGGGUGCCGUGGACUCGCAGCCGAGCGUCUGGAGACCCGGAUGCCACCCCAGCCCGUGGGCAGCUGAUUGCGCCACUGGACUCAACGCCUUCACUCCUGGCCCCCGUGACUUCCUAUAAACGACGCUGGGCUCCAGUGACAGCCUGGCCCUGACACUGCCUCUGGGCAGUGUCCCCUCAGAAAGACGAGGCCUUUGCAGGCAGCCCCUGAGAGCCACGCAGCACAGCCAGUGGAGGCCACAGCCGGGCGGCUUGUCACACCCACCUGCCGAGGGGGCACCACAGCUUUUCUGUUUGUAAUGAAGCCGCCUGCGUCAUUAUCAAGCAGGAAGGUGUAGGAAUGACCUCUUUGUGACACACGGUCCAGUCAUUAAACUAACU